AGAGCAUACCUACCGCUGCCUGAAGUCUCUCACUUGACGGUUCAUCGUCUGCGUCUGCGGCUCUAUUUACAUCAUGGAAGCAAACGGCGCAUCUCCCGCCCCCCCUACGCCACCUCAGACGGUCAUUGCGAAAAACCCCAAGGCCGCAGCUGCCCUGGCGAAUGACAUGAACAUCGUGCGCAGGAAGCUCACAGGUUAUGUUGGUUUCGCAAAUCUGCCAAACCAAUGGCACCGCAAGAGUGUGCGCAAGGGCUUCAACUUCAACGUCAUGGUCGUUGGAGAGUCUGGACUCGGAAAGUCGACCCUCGUGAACACGCUCUUCAACACCUCGCUAUACCCGCCCAAGGAGCGCAAGCCCCCGAGCCUCGACAUCUCCAAGACCGUCUCGAUACAGUCCAUCAGCGCUGACAUUGAGGAGAACGGCGUCCGCUUGAGGUUAACCGUUGUUGACACACCCGGCUUCGGCGAUUUCAUCAACAAUGAUGAGUCUUGGGACCCUAUCGUUAAGAACAUCGAGCAGCGAUUCGACGCCUACCUGGACGCCGAGAACAAGGUUAACCGCAUGAACAUCGUUGACAACCGUAUCCACGCUGUGGUAUACUUCAUCCAGCCCACUGGCCACUCGCUGAAGCCCCUGGAUAUCGAGGUGAUGAAGAAGCUUCACACCAAGGUCAAUCUCAUUCCCGUCAUUGCCAAGGCCGACACCGUUACGGACGAUGAAAUCGAUAACUACAAGAAGAGGAUCCUUGCCGACAUCAACUACCACAGGAUCCAAAUCUUUGAGGGACCGCGGUAUGAGCUUGACGACGAAGAGACGAUUGCCGAGAACCAGGAAAUCAUGGCCAAGGUACCUUUCGCUGUCGUCGGUUCAAACACCGAGGUCACGACACCCGACGGCCGCAAGGUCCGCGGUCGUCAGCUCCCAUGGGGCGUUGUCGAAGUCGACAACGAGGAGCACUGCGAUUUCGUCAAGCUUCGACAGAUGCUUAUCCGUACUCACAUGGAAGAGCUCAAGGAGAACACGAACAAUGCUCUCUACGAAAACUACCGCUCCGAGAAGCUCACACAGAUGGGCGUACAGCAAGACUCGAGCGUGUUCAAGGAGGUCAACCCUGCUGUCAAGCAGGAGGAGGAGCGCUCGUUGCACGAGCAGAAGCUCCAGAAGAUGGAGAUGGAAAUGAAGAUGGUGUUCCAGCAGAAGGUGCAGGAGAAGGAGAGCAAGCUGCGACAGAGCGAAGAGGAGCUGUACGCCAGACACAAGGAGAUGAAGGACCAGCUGGACCGACAACGACAAGAACUCGAGGAGAAGAAGGCACGCGUCGAAUCUGGAAGGCCGCUCGAGGAGAAGGGCAAGAGGAAGGGCUUCUCCCUCCGCUAAAGCCCGAGCAACCGGCGUUCGGAUCGUUUCUUGUCAGCUCCCGCAUUGGACGACUCGCUCCGCCCACAAGUCUUUUCUCCGUUCUCAGCACCCUCUUACCAGACCUUGUUUAAUAUACUGCCGAGUGACGAUACCACUGGGUGCUAUCGGCGAACGGGAUAAUACACAGCGGGGCGAUUUUGGGGGGCAAAGGGCAGCAGUGUCAUUUUCUGGUGCGGUUGUCCGGGUUGCUUGAUACCAACAUCAUUGCGCUCCUUUCCGAUUCCUUUGCUUCUCCUUGGACAUUUUCUAUUAUUUAGUGUAGGCAGCUGUAGUGCUCUGGGGAGGGAAGAGUGUAGGACAGCUUCUUUUCAUGUAUUCUACAGAUCAUCUUAGCAGCG